CACAACAAUUCGGAUUACGCAGAUAUGGCAGGACGACAAUCGCAUGGCCGAGCGCCGGACAAGAAGCCUAAGGCGAAGAAUAAUUCCAAAAAGCGAUCUCUCGACGCCUUUGCGAUUGCCUCGCACGAAAAUCCGGAUAGAGUGAAGGUCCGCCAAAGUCGACUGGGUGCGCAGGAGGGUGGUAGCUCACGACCGAACAAGAAUAAAAGGCGGCGAGAUGACGACGAUGAAGAUGACGAGGAGGAAGAAGAGGAACUGAGUACGAAAAAGCAGAAAGUCAAGAAGGGGAGAUUUGACGAACUGGAUGUGGACGAGGGAAGCGACAGCGAAGGGAAUGAGUGGAAGAUGGGACAGGUGGACAGUGAUGAUGAUAGUGACCUAGACAGUGACGAGGCUUUCGGCGAAAGUGAUGAGGAGAGAUUUGAAGGAUAUGCUUUUAGUGGAGGACAAGACAAGCAGAGGAAGAAGAAAACGAGGAGAGGCCGAGAUGUGAACCUGGACGAGGAGGAAGAAGAGGAUUCCGAUUCUGAACUCGAAGAAGGAGAUCUUGGAGACGAUGCAGUGGACAUGGCGACUUAUCUGGACAUGGUCGAUGCUGAAGAAGCUGAGGAGCGGGAAGCUGCAAAAGGCAAAGGCCAGAGCCGUCAAAAGGAUACCGAUGAAGAUAUGUUUGGGUCAGAAUCUGAGGACGACACCGAGGAGAGUGACGAAGAUCAAUCCUCGGAAUCCUCAAGCGAUGAGGACGAUGAUGCCCUGAACCCCGAGAAGAUUGCUGCGCUGGAUCAAAUGAUCGAGAGCAUUCCGCAAGAUGGCGAAUACAAAGAGGCUGCUGCGAAGCGGAGGAACGACUACAAUAUAACUUCAAAUGCAAUUUCUAUGUCCGGACUUCCUUCGAGUAAAAAGAAGGUUUCGCAAGAUUUGGUCAUGGCAGAUCCAAGUGUCAAGGAGUCUAAGACAUCCAAGAAGAAACUUGCUCCUUCAAAGGUCCCUCUAGAGAGGCGCCAACAAGACAGACUUGACCGAAGUGCUGCAUAUGAGAAAAGUAAGGAGACUUUGGAUAGAUGGACAGAUACAGUUAAGCAUAAUCGUCGGGCCGAUCAUCUUAUGUUUCCUCUACAAGACAACGAGAUUGCAUCCGCACAUGCAAACAAAUCUCUUAUGCCUGCCAAUCUUUCCAAGCCUUUCAACGAAUUGGAGGCCACAAUCCAAAGCAUUCUCGAAGAGAGUGGUCUCGCCACAGCUGACGGAAAGGAUGAUGAGGACAAAAUCCGCGAAUUCGAAGAGCUCGAAACGAAGAAGAUGUCCCUCGAGGAGGUAAAAGAACGAAGAGAUCAGCUACGUAUGGCUCGGGAGCUUAUGUUCCGCGAGGAAGCCAAGUCGAAGCGAAUCAAGAAGAUCAAAAGCAAGUCUUACCGCAAAGUUCACCGCAAGCAGCGAGAAAAACAGGAUCGUUUAGAAAAGGAAGCUCUACUAGAAGGCGGCUUUGAGCCAUCCGAGGAUGAAAUGGAAAAGCAGGAUCGAAGACGUGCUGAGGAGCGUAUGGGUGCCAAGCACCGAGAGAGCAAAUGGGCAAAAGCUAUGAAGGGCACUGGUCGAGCUGCUUGGGAUGAAGAUGCGAGGUCGGGUAUGACCGAGAUGGCUCGUAGAGAGGAGGAGCUCAGAAAACGAGUCGAGGGAAGAGCCGUGAGGAAAGAAUUUGAGAAUGACUCUGACGAAUCUUUGAGCGACUCCGACGAUGAUUCCAACGAAGACGAUGACUCCGGUACACGAAAGCGUCUUCUGCAGAAUUUGAAAGGUUUAGGAGACUCAGACUUGAUGGAUGAUUCCCUACCUGGAGCAAGAUUAGCGAACAUGGAUUUCAUGCGCAAAGCAGAUGCAGCUCGGCGGAAACAAAAUGAUGCUGCAGCCGAGGAACUUCGAAGAGAACUCGCUGGUGAGGAGACUCCAAGCGAGGAGGAAGUUGGCGAUAUAGGCCGAAGAACCUUUGGGCCUGGGAGCCACGCAACAUCAGAAAAAAAGGCCGCCAAAUUGGAUGAGUUUGAGGAACGAUUAGAAUCAGAUGAUGAGGCUGUAUCCCAGGGCCAAGUUCAAGGAACAGAGAAUUCUCAAACCAAGACCUCCUCUUCAGCUUCCAAGCCCUCGACUCGGCCUUUAUCUAAGUCUAUCUUGAAAAGCAAGCCGGAACCACAGACAGAAGGCGGAGCCUGGUCGAAGAUUACGUCUAAAUCCUCGGUAGUCAGCGAAGCAGAAGCCAAACGCCGGCGUCAUAAGAAGAAUGAUGCAAUUGAUGUCGAGGAGCUUGACCUCAGCCAAGCAGCGCUUAUUGCCAGCAAGCCCAAGUCCGCAAAGAAUUCCAAAAAGAGUAAGAAGUCCACAGUUCUCAACGAUGCGCUUUCUGAUUCAAACUCCAAUUCGGAGAAUGAGGACGACAGUAGCCCAUAUCUGCCAUUUGCACUUCGUGAUCAAGAUCUGAUCAAAAGAGCUUUUGCCGGUGCAGAUGUUGUGGGUGAGUUUGAGGCUGAGAAGAAGCAGACGAUUGAAGAUGAAGAAGACAAAGUCGUUGAUAACACUCUACCUGGAUGGGGAAGCUGGGUUGGCGAAGGUGUAAGUAAGAAAGAGAAUGCCAAGAACAAGGGGAGGUUCUUAACCAAGGUCGAUGGCAUCAAGGCGGAUAAGAGAAAGGAUGCGAAAUUGGACAAGGUGAUCAUUAAUGAGAAGCGGGUCAAAAAGAACUCCAAAUACCUCGCCACGACACUGCCGCAUACUUUUGAAACACAGCAACAGUACGAACGAGCGCUCAGACUCCCGAUCGGACCUCAAUGGUCCACGAAGGAGACGUUCCAGGAUGCCACCAAACCGAGGGUUCUAGUUAAGCAAGGCAUCAUUGCACCAAUGUCCAAGCCUCUAUUCUAGAUUUGGAGAUGUAGUAGGGAGGUGGGUCUAUCUUGGCUUGACUGGAGUGAAUUAGGGCCGUUUAAUGUACCUUUGGAUCCCAUCGUCGCCAGUGUAGCUAUGUGGCCGAAAAAGAAUGCAGAUUACAGAUCUGGCCAACGAAUAAUUGAUAGAACCUUACUCCUUGACAUAUACAAUAAUAUAUACGCGUAGUCAAAUGCAAAAUUAUUUGGUGUCUGCUCACGCAGAACAAGUGUACAGC